GCGAGCCAGGAAGACCGUCGGCAUUCUGACCUGGUAAGUCGCCAGUGUCGGAUCGUGAGAAAGUGAUUAAGGGUAGUCUCGCACCGCAGGACAUUUAAAUCUACUCUAACCGGACUCUGUUCGAACAAGGAAACGGUAUCCUUUGUAUAGCCGGGGAACCUACCGCGACGCUGUGAAUCUACAUCGCCUAAUCGCUUCGACGCGCGAUUCGAAACGACACGAGCACGACCGGGACUCGAAUUGCGCUUAUUUAUUUGGAAUCGUGCACGGAUCGGAUACCAAACGAUUCUUCUCCUUAAUUUAUUCGCUAGUGUUUACACGGGGCUAGGAUACGAGAAGAGAGGAAACAAAGAGAAGGAAACUAUAUCUGAUCGGUCGAACUCGGUCGGACGUAGAGAACACGAGAGAGACGAGAGUGUGUUGUUGUGUAUACGGAGAAGCGUAAAAGAAACAUCUGUAUAUUGGUUUUUUCUUUCUCUCCUUCUACCUCGUGUCGCGUAUUAUUUUCGCGUAGACAGCCUCUAGGUGAGUGUUUAUUCGAAGUCAUCGGCCGGAACCAAGGUCCUGUACUCGUACGUGUAACACGUACACGGCACGUGUCCCACGUGUGUAUUUGUAUAUUAUUUUUUGUGAAGUGUUGAGUGUCCCGAGGGAGCGUCUUCCCGUUACCAAGUAUAUAUACAUGUAUAGAUAUACGUGUGUAUAUAUUGUGUGAACUCUUGCUACCGUAUCUUUGCGAUCGAUUCGUGGAUGCUCUGUAUGGUCGCGGCGGGCGAAAAACGGUUUGGCAACGUGGCACGUGAGUAAAGUGAACGACGACGACGACAACGACGACCGCGGCGAGAGGAGACGAAGGAAAAAAAGAAAGAAACAAAGAAAAGAAAAGACUGGCACGAGAUACAGCGUCGUAUCCGUCGAGGUUCCUUGGACACGACGGGGAAACUUGGAUCGCGUAGUCGUAGGAACGCGCGAGGCUGUCGUCACAGCCGCCUGCCGUGCUUGGUGAGGUUAGAAACGCUACGGGAACAUGGAUCUGCUUUGCUGCGAGACCACGGAGACGGAAUGCAGAGCCUACGCUGAUCCAGCUCUUCUCGGCGACGAACGCGUGCUGCAGAAUCUGCUGAAAACCGAGGAGAGAUACGCGCCCAGCAGUUCUUACUUCGAGUGCGUGCAGAGGGACAUCUCGCCGCUCAUGCGCAAGAUCGUCGCGGAGUGGAUGUUGGAGGUAUGCGAGGAGCAGAAGUGCCAGGACGAGGUCUUUCCCCUCUCGAUGAACUACGUCGACAGGUUCCUCUCGAUCUGCCCGAUCAGGAAGUCGCAGCUGCAGCUGCUAGGAACCGCCUGCCUGCUUCUCGCCUCGAAACUACGCGAACCGUCGCCGCUCACCGCCGAGGUCCUCGUUUUCUACACGGACAACUCCAUCACGUUGGAUGACUUAUGGAGGUGGGAACAGCUGGUUGUCUCGAAGCUGAAAUGGGAAUUAUCCGCGGUGACGCCCGGUGACUUCCUGAUGCACAUCCUGAGCAGACUACCGGUGCCACGUACCUGGGACCUGGCGAUGGUCACGAGGCACGCGCAGACCUUCAUCGCUCUGAGCGCCAGAGAGUACAAAUUCUCGAUGUACACGCCGAGCAUGAUCGCGGCGGCGAGCGUCGCGGCGGCCCUCCACGGUCUCGAUUGGACUGGGAAAAGCGGUUACGGGCUGGCUGGCCUCCUCGACGAGCUUACCCGCAUCACAGCUAUCGAACAGGACUACCUGCAAGGUUGUCUGGAGCAGAUAGAGGAGAUGGUGUCGCAGGCUCACGUGGCCACGGACGGGACUGGCGGGAGCGGGCACCAGGUGAUCGGGACGUCCGUGUCGAGUGCCCCACAGAGGCCGCUGGGGGACGACAUGAUCACCAGCCAGGAGAAGAUUCUGGAGCACGAGAAGGCGGGCACGCCGACCGACGUGAGGGACGUCCAUUUUUGAGAGACGCCGCUGAGGGAAACUCUGGCCAGGGUGACUCUCUGCUGAUCCUAGAGGCCGAGGAAGAAACGUUAGCCGACAGCGACGACGACGCUGAAGGACCUACGGCCAGGAAGAGAACCAGGAAGAACGAAGAGGAGAAGCUCGAGCCCGAAGAGACACGUCCUGAAAACGAUUCCUGAAAAACAGUCCUCGACUCCGUUAUUUAACGUCUGCGUCGAUUAUUUUAGUUAGACGCGAAAGAUUCAUUUGUAAAAGAUUAUUGGCGCCAGGAGUAAAUGUCAGAUCACGAUUCAAUUAAGACCAGGCGAGACCUGCACAAUUUUAUUAUUCUCAUAACGCUCUUUUCUCGCUUCUUUAAAUCAGAAACAAAACUGGCGCCAAUCAUUUUUGAAGGUCCGCACAAGGGAUGUCACGUUUGUUCGUUUCGUUUUCGCUCGAGUAUUCGCCGUCGAAAAGCGCACGGGGCCAUUAGGUUCUUAGCUGGUUAGAUUAGUUUUAUUCGAAAAACAGAGGAGCAUCCUGAACGGAUCAUGAUUCCGCCAGUUCAGAAUCUUUCGAUCGCUAGUCGACGAAAGACGGGCGUCGCGAAGGGCGAGUUCGCCAACUGGAUCUCGUUGUUAUUUAGUUGUACGCGUUUUUACUUGGGAAAUCGUGUCCCCGACGUGGCGUCGGGAUUAGUUUUUUUUUUUUUUUUUUGUUCUCGUCGGAGUCUGCGUCCGUCUCGAAUCGUGAUCUAGAGUUUCCAGAGACUUCUUUUUCCGCGGUGCGACGGGACCAUCGGAGACGCUGACCCUGUGGAAAGAGAUCACGCCUUGUAAUGAAAAGAGUGAAAGCGGAUGCGGAAUAUCUCCCCCUGGGGGAUCGAAUUUAUUUUCGAGUAACUGUUGUUUGAAAAAUCGAGCAGAACGUCUCCGAGAAAUUAUAGCGAAUCGGAGAAGCAAUUACCAUGUGUUGCAACGUUGCAGCACGUGAUUUUUUAAGUAGCCAAAAACUUUCACGUUAAUAUCGGCUCUCGAGCGACUCGCUUUCCAAUGAUUUUUAAUGGGAAAAGGGCUCAGAAACGUCUCCGAGUCCGCGGUCGCUGAAAAUAUUAUCGAGCAUAUCGUCGAACGAGAGGAAGAAGAAAAUAAAGAGAGCAGAAACCAGGAAGGUAUCGAGAGGAGGGCGUGAUGUUGGGGGAAGGCAAUGUAAUACGCUUUACGCAUCUAUUUCGUAAUAGAAUUAUACACUUAAUUUUUAGCCGGACGACUAACGAAACUACCACGCCAACCUGUAUCGAGUUAUCGUAGGGCCGAGAACGGCAGUGCGGAUUAUCCUCCUUCGCGGGACUGUAAAACACGGAGGAGGAAUAAACGUGAACGGGGAGAAAUGCACAUAGUCAUGUCGAGUCACUUAGUGUUUUGUACAUAGGUAUACAUAUGAUGAAAAUGAUUAUAUAUGAAUAUAUAUACAUAUAUACACGAGGUAUGUGUGCGUGUAUGCGAGAUAGAGAGAGACAGCGUAGAGAUGAAAAACCGCGGAUAAGUUUGUAUGUUAAUUCGCGCGCGCGCGCAAGAGAGAGAGAGAGAGAGAGAGAGAGAAAGAGGCGUUAACCGAUGGACGGUAGUUCCCUUCUUUUUGUAUUUACGCUACGCUAAUUGUUUAUCCAAAUGAGUUGUCCCGGGCGUGCGACGCGACCCGUCGCUUAUUCCAGUCGGUUCCUAAGAUCGGUCGCGUCGGCUCGUUCUUAAACGCGGUGUUCGUGUGCGCGAGUAUGUAUGCAUGUGCGAUUUGUGUGAGAAACGGGGAACAGGGGGCUUCCGUGGAAGACUGGUUUCAGAAACGGGAAAAGUCUAUCUUUGUUUCGCUCGCAAAUAGUAGAUUUCGCGAGUUCAGACUCGUCGAUCGAACGACUCGAAGAAGCUGCGGAGCAGCAAAAACGCGUCAGUUUUCGAAACCAGCCCCCCCUGCGUCGCUCUCGUUGUCCCCGUACCGCGGCUGUACAUAUGUAGGUAAGCUAUACGAGGCGUACGAUUAAGAGUUAACGCGUAGUCUGUGUAAGAUAAAGCGACAGAAUUGAGAAGCGAGAUGUGGGGAGCUUAUCUGUGGAACCCGAUGAUUCCACACUUUCGGUGCUGCGUUCGUUGGUGCGUCUUUGUUUGGAGCUCUCGUCAAGCUUCCAGGAUUCGUCAGGUUCUAUCGCUUAGAUGUUGACCGUCGCGAGGAAGGAUGUAACUUUAGUUCCUAACUUCUCCAAAAUGCACCAGAUUCAGUCACCAAGAACGGCUCGCUAGCUCGACGAGCGUUUCUUGCACAAGUUCAAAUCCCAAAGGAACUAAGUAUUUUAAGUGGUACUCUUUGUUUCAGGGCCCCGUUGUCGCGCGAACGGGGCCUGACACGAAAAUUCUAAUACUCCGAAUGAAAUUUACGUUCAGUUUCACAAAAUCCUCUCCAAACGCUACUUCAGUGCAUCGGAUUUGCAAAAGUUGAGCAGCACCGAAGGAGUCGAACCGCGACCACUGUCGUUCCGAUCGAUACGCAACCGUCGCCUAAUUCUAGCCUAAAGUUAGGGUCGUGGAUACGCAACGUAUGUACGCUGUUGGUCCUGUAAACGCUGUACGCGUAUAGUUGUAUAGAUAAAUAAUCCUAGGGUAUGUCGAGGCAACCAAAAAAAAAAAAAAAGAGAAGCAAUCGGUUAAAAUGUUUCGAAGUUGAAGUACGACAGUGGCCGAGGUUCGACUGACGUCAAACGUCCGAGAAAGAUCGAUGAACGAUCAUCCAAAAAAAAGAAAACAGAAAAAAUAUUUACUUGUUAGUACUUAAACAAACAAAAAAGAAAAAAAAAAGAACCGUCGAUAGAGUAACGAGAAAGAGGAGACGGACUUUUUUUUUUUAUCGGGGAACGCGCGUUCCAUCUCUCCUUUCGCGUUGGACGGCGAAAAAGAUCGUCGACGAGGAACGCGCGUUUCGUCCGCGCUCGUGUAUCCGCAUUCCGACUAACAAAACGGGGGAUAGCCCAGUGCCACAAAGCGAACUAGUUUAGUCAACAUACUCUUCAGUAACCAAAUCUUAGUACAACGUUAGAAGAUCGAGUAAUAUAAAGGAAAAAAAAAACUGUAUCAUCCCGGCUUGGUACGCACGGUUCACCUUUUUUCUUACUUGUACUAAUAGCGCGUGCGUAUUGUAAAACGCGUUGCGCACGCAAACACUAUUUUACAUGUAUAUUAUGUACCUUGGAAAAUUAUCGGGGGGAUUGUCGAGAGACGGGGGCGAGGGGACGCAUCGUCAGAACGUCGACUCGAGCCGGGAGAUGACGGUUCUUCGAUGAAGGGUCUCCGAUUCUUCUCGAGUCAAACGAAAUUCUAAUCGUUCGUGUCGUGAUUUUUGAUUUAUUUAUUUUAUAUCGAUGAUCGGAAUUAUCCACGCCAUUUUUUUUCGGAUGAUUCUACGAAUAUUCAGUUUAUAUUCAUUUCUUUUCGAGAUUCUCUCUUUACUGUACUUGCUCGUUGGAUUUUAUUUAUACGAACCAUUCGAGAUUUACGUUCCUGUACUUUCCUUUAAGUUAUUUAUACUACCAUUUCGUUUACGUUAAUUAUACGAGGCUCCGCGUUCUCUUGUAUCCCUUUUUCGAUUUAUGAAAAUAAUUUCACUCGAGAAGAAUGUUUUCUUUUCAAAUUGCUGUGAAAAAGAGCAAAGAGAAAAAUGUAUGGAGACCCAUGCUCCUCGCGAACCUGUUCCUAAAUCGCGUCUCGUUCCAAUCGAACAGCCCUCGUAUUUCCGCCCCUGUUUUAGCUUUGUAAGAACGCGAAUGAGCUUGCGUCACCUUUUUCUUCUUUUUACCGGCCGAACAAAUGCUACAAUCAACUACACAGCGAAUUUUCAGUUGCCACGGUCCGACCUCUCAAUUGUUUUUCCUUGUUCGAUGCGAGGACAAGGUUCUUGAACGCUUUCGGUAUCGCGCGUCACCAUCUAACACUCUGCCAUGCGUUACCAUUUAAGUGAAAGUAAGAGUUUGUACUCUACGAAUGCGCCGAAAGAGUUGAAGCCCGUCUCCUCCGCGACACGGAUAUAUCUCCACUGCCAGACACGUCGAACAAAUGUGUAGUGUACUCGCAUCGAUCCUAUAUGUUAAUAACUUUGUAUAUUUGUCGUAUCAGUUGUUUUACCGAUUCUCGAAGCAACGCAAUAGAAAUACCACUGAUAUACCUCAGGCACCGCAUAUACACCGCUCGGAACAGUAUGUAUAGUUUUUAAUCUGUCGCCCGUGAAGGAGCAAAUAUAACGGGAGAGAAAAGUGAACAGAAAAAAAGGAAGAAGAAAAAAAAAUGAAGCAACCACACUUAUGCGUUACUUUUUAAACCUAGCACGUAAAAUAACUUUUUAAUCGGUAGGCGCGCAAAGUUGUACCGGUGGUGGAGAAACGGUACGACGACUUUGUACAUAUCCUGUGCGUGGUGCGACGCACAGUCGAUUGAAAAAUAAAGUAUUGGUAUUUUAUACAGUCA